AUGGAGGACACACAGGAACAUUCAGAUGACUCUUCCUCUAACUCAUCCGCUAUUCAUACACACCUAAACGCAAACACCUCACCUGCAUCCCAUUUCUUAAACCUUGGUGAUCUUAGCAACCCUUUUCGCUUGGACAAUGGCGACAAUCCUACCGUUAUCCUCGUCACAGACCUGCUUACCAGCGACAACUACGCAACUUGGUCCCGUGCUAUGCGACGGGCACUACGUGCGAAGAACAAACUCGGCUUCAUUUCCGGUGCCAUUCUGCAACCUACUGACCCAGAGGAUCCUCUGUUAGAGCUCUGGGAACGCUGCAACGACAUGGUAGUGUCGUGGCUGCAGAACUCCAUCAGCUCUUCAAUCAAAUCCAGUGUCGUGUUUGUUGAUGAUGCUAGGGAAAUUUGGCUCGACCUUCAGCAUCGAUUUUCUCAGCAAAAUGGGCCCCAAAUUUUCCAGCUUAAGAAAAACCUCUCCAGCCUUCAUCAAGAUCAUGACUCAGUAAGUAUUUACUAUGGUAAGCUGAAAACUCUUUGGGAUGAACUCUCCAUUUACGACCCAAUUCCUGCUUGUACUUGUGGUUCUACAAAAACUCUAUUGGAUCGUUAUCAAAGAGAUUGUGUGUUUCAAUUUCUUAUGGGUUUACAUGAAUCCUAUGCUAAUGUGCGUGACCAGCUUAUGCUUUUGGAUCCUUUGCCUCCUGUCACUAAGGUCUUCUCUCUAAUUCACCAACAAGAACAACAACACCAGCUCCUUCCCAUGAUUCCCUCUCCUGAUUCAAUGGCCUUAGCUAUCAAGAAACCUUACACACCCAUUAAUUCCCCUCAUCCACCCAAAUCUUCCUUCAAGAGGGAUCGACUAUAUUGUAACCACUGCAAGAUUACAGGCCAUUCAUUCGAAACUUGUUUCAAAGCUGGUAAUGCUGAGGCCCCCAUUUGUUCUCACUGCCAUUUACCUGGCCACAAAGCUGACAAGUGUUAUAAGCUACAUGGGUAUCCACCGGGCCACAAGUUUUUCAGCAAAUCCUCAACACCUGGACCCUUUGCUAAUCAGUCGAGUUUUUCCAAUGCUUCUGAAUCUGAGGACAUUAGUGAUGAGAGAGUUGGUUUGACUAAAACUCAAUAUCAGCAACUUGUUGCCUUGCUCCAACCAUGGGACUCCACAACUGCUGCUUCUCCUUCUGCCAAUUAA